ACUGUGGCACAUUGAGCUGUCGCAUUUUAUUCAAGUCGUAAUCGUAAAAUCGGUGUGAGAAAUGGCGGAGGACAGCGGCAGCAAGAAAAUCACGAUUACCGUGAAAACUCCGAAAGAUAAGAAAUCGAUCGUGAUCGCGGAAGAUGCGGAAAUCAAAGAGCUUCGGGCCACCGUUGCGGAGCAGUUCGAAUCCGAUCCGGACUUGGUUUGUCUGAUUUUUGCUGGAAAGAUCAUGAAGGACACCGAUACUCUGAGGACACACAACAUCAAGGAUGGUCUUACGGUGCAUUUGGUCAUCAAAGCGGCAGCAAAAAGCGAGCCAGAUGGUCCACGUCGGGCGCCGGCCGAUGUUAGCCAAACUCCCUUCGGCUUGAAUCAGUUAGGUGGUCUUAGCGCAUUGGGAGCCCUCGGAGGGAAUCAGACGAAUUUCAUGGAUCUGCAGUCGCGGAUGCAACACGAAUUGUUGGGCAAUCCCGAAUUGAUGCGCACCGUGUUGGACAAUCCAUUAGUGCAGCAGAUGAUGAACAAUCCUGACACGAUGCGACAGAUUAUAACUUCGAAUCCGCAGAUGCAGGACCUGAUGCAAAGGAAUCCGGAGAUUUCCCAUAUGUUAAACAACCCGGAGCUUUUACGGCAGACCAUGGAAUUGGCUCGCAAUCCUUCCAUGCUGCAGGAGUUGAUGAGAUCCCAUGAUCGUGCCAUGUCCAAUUUGGAAAGUGUGCCGGGAGGGUACAGCGCUCUGCAGCGAAUCUAUCGAGACAUACAGGAACCGAUGUUGAAUGCCACUGCGAGGAAUCCGUUUUCGGGAACUUCCGAUUCCGGCAGUGCUGAAAAUCCACAGCAAGGAUCGGAGAAUCGUAGCCCUCUACCAAAUCCGUGGGGCGGCAACCAAAGCGAUAGCACUCGGUCAGAUAAUCCACCGCCGAAUGUUUUGAAUACACCAUCCAUGCAGAGUUUACUUCAGCAAAUGGGUGACAAUCCGUCGCUAAUGUCCAACAUGAUGAGUGCGCCAUACACGCGCAAUAUGCUGGAAGCUUUGUCUGCCGAUCCAAAUUUGGCUGCAAAUUUGAUGAGCCAAAAUCCGUUGUUGGCCAACAACCCUGCUUUGCAGGAUCAGAUGCGCACCAUGAUGCCACAGUUCUUGCAACAACUCCAGAAUCCCGAAAUGCAACAGAUGAUGUCGAACCCGCAGGCGAUUGAAGCCAUUUUGCAAAUCCAGCAGGGUAUGGAGCAGCUUCGAUCCGUUGCACCGGGCCUUGUCAACACUAUGGGCAUUCCUCCACCGCCACCCGGUGCUCCGACCACAACGUCGUCUGGGUCGGGAACGACGAACACCAACACAACGGCUUCACAGCAGAAUCCGGCGUUAUUUUCCGAUUUUAUGUCGCGUAUGAUCAAUGGAAUGGCCACCGGCUCGAACACGAACGUUCCGCCGGAGGAGCGCUACCGAUCGCAGCUGGAACAACUCGCAUCGAUGGGAUUUGUCAAUCGUGAAGCUAAUUUACAAGCCCUAAUCGCAUCGUUUGGCGACAUAAACGGAGCUGUCGAAAGGCUUUUAGCCCUUGGGCAGCUGUCGCUGAGUUAACGCGCUUUGACCCAAGUGCAUGACGCGGAAUACAAUUAAACAUUUUUAAUACUUUCCUGCUUUGACUAGAAGAUGAACGAAAAAACAUGAAAAGCAAAAAUUAAUUGUAGAAUAAGGUACUCUUCGAAUGUGGAAAAGAAAACAAAGAAAUGUAAAGUCAGUUCUAAACUCUAUCCUAGAUAACUAGCCCUACGGGUGGAAUUGUCUGCUUGCAACCAUGCGUGAAUAGCAGAUCGACUGCGCUAUUUAGAGUUGCAAAAAGGCCGUAAUUAUCAUGAUUGCUCUAAUGAUAAAAUUGUCAUUUCUCAAUACAAAGUAGAUUACGAUCAAAAACUGAGAAUCACGAUGUAAACAGAUGUGUAAUCUUUCCGGAUGAAGGAAAUCUAAUGACCAUAAAUUGAUGUCAGUUACGCCCUUAUUCCAGCACUAUCAAUACCUGUUGGAUCAGCUUUCAGUAUUGAGCUUAUCGUCGUGGUCAUUGCUGUGGCUUCGAUUUUCUCGUUCAGUGGUUGCUGGAAGUACCAUUCCCCUAAUUGUUUGUAAAACUUCGUAUAUGUAGAUUUUCGUGUGUUGAGACGGUAUCAGAUGCAAAACAAAAUAUUGAGGAAUAGAACAAAACAAUGGUCUGAAUAGGAUGCAAAGCAUGGGAAUUUUACUCUACUCAAUACAUUACCCAAUAUACAUGUUGACGUAUGAUGAACAGAUCAAGACUAUUAAGCAACAUUAUAGUAGUAAAGAAGCAAAAGCAAGUAGAAUUGUAAACAGCAUAUAACAAAUAAAACUACUUUUAGUCAGUUACGUACAGACAGCAUAACAAAGACAGGCACCCCCUCUAGAUAUCAGGCUUAGCUUCGAUGAAUGGUCGGUCAAUGAUAGUUCGUGAUUGGAGGCAUAACAAUUACUGUGGCGUUUAUGGUAAAAACAAAAUUUAUCUUUACACUUUUCUGCAAACAGGUUUAUCCAUUCAAAAUAUAUAAUAAAGGUGGUAUAAUUCUAAACGAAA